UUGUAUAAGCUUGUAUACGUCUGAUAUUGGUCAAGGCGUCAAAAUGGCGGUGCCUUCACAGCUAUAUUUUGCCUUAUGGGUACUGUUCCAUACAUUUGUAAUGUGCUCAGCAUAUGAUAACGACUGUACGGAUCUAUUAGACAACUGCGAAAUGUUCACAAAGUACGCCUGUGAAGGUCCUUAUAAGCCGUGGGCCAGCGUCCGAUGUCGAGCCUACUGCGGUUUUUGUCAGCCCCCGCCCACUUCUCCUCCACCGUGUCGUGACGUCAUUCCUAAUUGUGACAUUUACCAGAGCGACACAUGUACUAACCCAGACUACCACAUGUGGGCCAGAUACAACUGUUUCAAGUUCUGCAAGUUUUGUCAACCAGAGCCUGAACCUUCCACCAGGACACCGAUGCCAACUCCUCCGUCCACCGUUAACAAAACUCCACCACCUGUGAUCUUCACCACCAAGAUGCGUGUACCACCGAAGAUCUCUCACCGCACCACCCCUCAUCCACCCAUGCUCAUCCCGCCCAGGAUCCGGACUCCACCCCCACCCGUUGGUCGUCGGUGA